GUCUUUUCCUGCCAAACACUGAAACCUUCAUUUUUAGAGUUAGCUGUAAACUGACUCUGUGUGGCGUUUUAUUUAAUUUUCCAAUUCUGCUCCACAAUGUAUCUGAAGUGUCUGCUGAUCUGUCAGCUUCUGGCAAUCCUGCUGGUGAAGGACAGCCUGGCGUUGACCUGCAUCCCCUGCUACAUGAGGAAAUGCCCAGUAGAUCUCAGCUGCCCUGGAGGGACGGUGAUGGGGGUAUGUGGCUGCUGCCAGGAUUGCGCCAGGGUGAAGAAUGAGAAUUGCGGUGGUCCGUUCAACCUCUUUGGCAUCUGUGACCAGGGCCUCAAAUGUGUGAAGAGCGAAUGGGACUUGUUCGACAGCGUGGGAGUGUGUCAAGAAGAGUUUAUCGAGAAGCUGAAGCGGCUGAGGAAAUGAGCUGGAAGAUCAUCCGAGAGGAUGAGAGAGAGAGAGAGAGAGAGAGAAUCAAAAUCGAUUACUUCCUGGCAGGAAUGUUGAGGAUAACUGUAUACAUCUUCAUUAGGUUACCAACAAAUGUGUCAGUACAUUAUUAUAAAACACAGCAGGUUAUAAGCAGUUAUAAAUGCUCCUGCACUGUUAUGUCAUAGACUCCGCCGUAUCCCGACUACACCGGGUUUGAGCGACUGCAUGACUAUUGCAAGCCUCUGUAAUGUCAUUUUUAAUAAAAAUGUUUCGCAUCUA